UUCUAUCUAAUUCAUGGACGCCGGGCAAACAGCGGUGGAUGGCGAGAAACGUUCUCUUUUGAAUCGACACAACAGUAGUCUAAACGUGAGCUGCAGAUUCGGUGAUGGGCAAUGUAAUCUGGUGUUAUUUGGCCCGUGUAAGUGAGAGAAAUCACGCAAAAUUUUCACAUGGAUUUGUCUGUCUUUGCAUUCCAUUUCUUCCUCUGUUUCAAUGUGAUGGUGGUGGAAUCUGCAAAUUCCAAAUUUUGGAUAGUUGCGAAGAAGUUUGAUCCAGCCAAUGUCUCACCACUCUGCGGAUUGAACUGCGUGAAGCCCAUCGGUUCAAAUCCAGUUCUGUCGCCUAACAGAAGUGUUGGUCUGCACAAAUGCACAUUUUCGCCUUUGAGAGGGGACUUGCAGCUGUGGACCUACAAUUCCACCUCCAAGGCAAUUACCAUAUCUCAAUGGGACGAACAGCAGGCUCGAGAAACGGACGCAUUUUGCCUCGAGAAUCGUAACACAACGUCCUGUCACGCCAAAAUUCCGUUCGAUCCAGUGUCUAACUACCCUACCAGUUUAGCGAAUUGCACAGGGGAAAAAUCUCAACAAUGGUAUUUGCAAGAAGACGGUAGAAUUCGAAGCGGGCUGCAGUCGGCCAAAGGAGAAGUGCUUUAUCUUCAAGGCCAGAGCUUGCUCACAGAGCCUGGCGGACACACCCCUCUCUGCCUCGGUCCUGCAAACACUGGCUAUUCUGAGAGACAUCCCUACUUUACGCGGGUUCCCUUUCCUACAAACGAAACUCUCUACUCUUCCACAGUAAUGGCAGCUAAUCCAUCUCCGGGAGAAGGAGAAAACCUUGUGUCCAAUGGCGGCUUUGAAGACAUGGCACCAGGCAACACCUCGGUUGCGCCAAGCGGCAACAUCACGCUUUCGGCGGGAAAUCCAAUCCUGUGCUACUGGUCAAUCGGUCGAUAUGCGAAAACUUCUGAUGAAUUAAGCAAGGUGGUUGUCACAACUAGCUGGAGCGACCCCGGCUGGAAUGCAAAGGAGGGUUCAAACAGCCUUAUUAUGGGUGGAAACGGUCUUACCAGGGAUGCUACUAUCACUCAGUUUGUUCGCACUCGACCUGGCGGUGAAUAUUCUCUCUCGUUUUUCCUGGCCGGCUAUCCGAGGUCUUGCCAGAACAAAACCCUAAUAGUCCAGCUUUCUCCAGGGUCUAACUACACAGCGUUGAUAAUAGACGAGCUAUUCCUACCAUAUGAUACAGCAAAUAAUUCUAAUGCAGAUUUGGAGUGGAAGCAAAUUGCUCUGAAUUUCAUUGCGCCUACUGAGGUAACGAAUCUCACGUUCCUGAAUCCCAUGAAAGCUGGAACCUGCGCCCCUGUUAUUGAUAACGUUAGUAUCAUAAAGCAAGAAAAACAAGAUCAAAGCAAAGUGGCAAUAGCUAUAGCAGUUCCAGUCACGGUAAUAAUAGUGGUAGCUUGCCUGGUAUUCUUUUUCAUCCUAAGAAAGCGCCUAAUGUCUGCCGCAAGAACGAUGUCGGUCUUAUCUAGAAGCAACGAAACCCAUAAACAUACUGAUAGCAGUUAUAGUCAUAUCAGAACUUAUGCUAUGUGGGAGGUGUUGCAAGCUACAGAUAACUUCAGUACCAAAGUUGGGCAAGGGGGAUUUGGAGAAGUGUACCGCGCACAUCUUGAGAACAAUGUGGUGGGAGCUGUGAAGAGAGCAACAAGGAGGGGGAUCCAAAAUCCACAAAUUUUCAAAGAGGAAUUGUCCGUGCUGCUCCGGCUCAACCAUCCCAAUCUGGUUAACUUGAUAGGCCUGUGCUUCGAAAAAGGUGAGCAAAUUCUUGUAUUUGAGUUCAUCCCAAAUGGAAGUCUUUAUGAUCGACUGCACAAAUAUAGCGAGAAUUCAUCAACUCCAUUGUCAUGGUCAUCUCGGGUGAACAUUGCACUUCAGAUUGCAAUAGCUUUGCAGUACCUGCACGUAGAUGCUGAGCCUCCUGUGUUGCACCAUGAUGUCAAAUCUGCCAAUGUUCUGCUUGUAGACGACAACCAUGCCAAACUUGCAGAUUUUGGCCUGUCAAAACUAGGCCAUAGAGAUAGCCGGGCUGCACCAACCCCAGUUAAGGGUAGCUAUGGCUACAUCGAUCCACAGUAUAUCAGAACAGGUAAACCCACCAUGAAGAGUGACGUGUACAGCUUUGGGGUGGUAUUGUUGGAGAUGAUAACAGGUCGUAAAGCUGUGCAAGAUUUUGAGACCCUUGCAGAGUGGAGUGAAGAGUAUAGAUUGAGCCAAGACAUGCAAACUGUAAUGACAAUUAUUGAUCCAACGCUUAAAGAAGAGCAGAUUGAUUUAGAUGAAUUGAAGUUGAUAAUAGGGAUAUUGAAUGCCUGUCUGAAUAAGAAUGGAGAGUACAGACCCUCAAUGACACGUAUUGUUAGAGCCUUAUCUUAUAAAACUCCAAUUACAGCACCUACUGUGAAGAAUGAUGAUCCAGAACUAGAAGAGAUGGUGAAUGCAACUUGCUACCCUGAUCAGAAUGAAUCCACUUCUACACUGUAUGUUGGACGUUAAAGAGCUCAUAUUGCAAAUGUUCUUUAUAAGAUUUUUUUUGUAUAUAUAAUCCUUUUUGCAAUCAGAAUUUCUUAACUUCUGAUUAAUCUUUGUAAAAGGAAUCACUAGAUUUUUUUUUGGUUUAUAUUAAUUUUGUAAAUUUAAAUAUGUGAAUUUUUAACCAAAAAAAGUGUUUAUGAGAAAAGGCAUUAGAGAGGUCUUGAGGGAUUUAACC